AUGGUAGAUCGCGUUCUCAGACCGUUUGGUAGGAAGCAACAUAUUCCGGGUCCAUGUGCUGAGAUUGAUCCUUUUCAUUACAAACGUGACAAGCGGUAUGCUAUAAAAGUGGAGGAUCAACAAAAUUUUGCAGAAACAGACUUUUUGUGGGAAAAUCGUCGAGAAAGGGUAAUUCUGGCCGAGUAUGAAACUCAAGACCCAGAGUCACUAUCAGAGUAUUUUUGUUGGUAUCGACGUCACUCGCGCACUUUCAUAGGAAAUCCUGCGCAUAAAGUGGAUAGAGGAUACCAACACAUGGCAGGCAGGCAUGAGGCACUGGCUUUAGGACAUCAAGAAUCGUACAGGUUGGCUCAGCAGACUAUCCAAGAUCCAACCAAGUCUGAUGAAGUGAAGGAAAUAACAGAGAUGUUUAGCCACAUUAAUACAGAGUCCAUGGUUGCUGCCUCUCUGGGGACGAUGUUGAGUUUCGCUCCCAAUUAUACACCACCGGCAGAGUAUGUUGAGCCGCCUACUGUGCAAGUGCCUCGUCAUCAACGUCCUAAUGUACCAAGACCUGCUGCGCGUGAUAGAGGACGCCAAUCAGGUAACAGACGGGGUCGAGGUCCCGUGAAUCACCAGUUGAUUGAUGAGGAAGAGGUUCGUUUUGGUUGUUUGUGUUGGUAUAUGGUAUUGGAGGAACUCCUUGUUACAGGGGAGAUGCUGCCCGAUUUUACGUAG